AUGGAAAACAUAGGACGAAGUCCGAUAUCGGCGCUUUUAGGGUCAACUUCGGCAUCAGAUGGUAAAAAUGAGCAACAAGCGGGAAGUGGAGAUAGUUCUAGUUCUCUGAGCGUAAAUGGACUUCAAAUUGCAAGUGGACCUGCAAGUGGACCAUCACCACAAGUAGACAAUAAUACUCAGCCUUCGCCAGGAAAUAAUAAUGGAAAUGGAGAGAGUAGUCUCCCUGGUCUAGGUCCGCAGCGGCGGCGUCCUCCUUUCAAGUAUAAGUAUGUUGUUGAAAAGAAAGAUGAAUUUACUUCAGCUCCAUUUCAACGGUUUCAGACACCCAAUACCAAUGGAGAAACUCAGCAGGGACUUCCAGUAGUCAUUCCUUCGUCCAUACGAAAGUUUCAGUCGAUAUAUCCUGUUGAUCCAGAAAGGCUACGCGUUUCACAACAACAGCAACUUGAAGGUACAGAAGCAUUGAAAGCAUCUACUUCAGCUACUGGUUCUCCUAUACCUUCUAUACCCUCCACUACAUCUGCUCCACCAAUAGCCAUACAACCAAGACCUGCAGCAGGGCUGAAGGGCCAAAUCAGAAUCACCAAAUAUCCAGCUGUAACCAAUGACGACCAAACGAAUACCCCAGAACAAAAGAAAAAAGCAAAACGGGCACCCAGGACCUCUAUCAGCUCAUUAAUACACUCCGGAGAGUAUCUGGAAGCACCUAAGAGAGCACGGGUAGUACCAAACAUCCCACAAGGAACGAUUGAAGUAAUAGAUGUUGAAGAUACUGAGCCUAGUGUGCCUGCUGUGACAUCUGCAAAUAGACCCAGCGAGUCCGCUAUUCAAUUUGUUCCACCAAACCCUUCAGUUUCAACACAGAAAUACGGCGAAAAUCCACAGGCGCUGACGCUACCAACUCUGGAUUUAGCUGCUCUCAGAGCCAAGUUGACUGCGCCAACCAUGUCAGUAUUUAAGGCAGAAGAGAACACAGAAGAAGCACCCAAAAAGAAGCGUGGGCCCUACAAAAGGAAGAAAGAAGACACUCCUCAAGAUAAACCAGACAUUAAACGCAAAGCGGAUGAAAAGGCAGAGGGAACCGAACCGAAAAAGAAGCGGGUCAUGAAGCCAAAGGCAGAGAAAAAGCCAAAAGCAAAGAAGAAGGACGUCAAGCAGGAACUGCAAGCUCCACCAAAGGAGGCCAAAGAUCCAAUUCAUCCAACCAUGACGACUGACAAAGCCACUGUUGGUGGCGCCCGAGUUCCUUCUCCUUCUUUAGUCACCACUGAAAGAGAUGCCGCUCAGGAAAGACCCACGAUAAUAUUGGAUAUACCUCUCCUAGAUCCCAAAGACCCCAAGCCAGGGAAGGCCGAGGUUGUCAUUGAUGUGCUAAAACUUGCCGAGGACAAGUAUGGGUGGUCUACAAUUCACCCUGAUGCCAAGUCUGCGAUUGAUAUCAUGGAUGAAAUGAUAGAAGAUGACGAAGAUGGGGUAGAAGUUGACAAUGAUGGUGAGGAAGCUGAUGACAAGGAGUCUGAGAAACCAAAGGACAAAGAAAAGGAAAAAGAUGUCGACAACGAUACAGAAAUGGAGAACGUGGAAAAAACCAAAGACAAAGAUAAUGAAAAGGAGAAGAAAGACAAACGGAAAGACGAUGAAGACCUUACAGAGGAGCAGUUGGUGAGGCGGCAUGAAGCAAAAAUGAACAGAAAAGUAGGAAAGUACGAUUAUGAGGACCCAUUCAUAGAUGAUGAGGAGUUACAGUGGGAAGAAGAAAUCGCGUCCACGAAAGAGGGAUUCUUUGUAUAUUGGGGUCCAUUGGUGGACGAUCGCACAAAGUCCAAGAAAAAAAAGUGA